AAUGGUAUCUUCCAAGAUGGCAGCCUUCGUAAGCAAAUGCUGUGUAGCCUCAGCUAUCAAAGUUAAAUGUUUAUCUCCUUCUCUUACAGCCAGACGAUGGUUGCUCUCAGCGGCUUACACAGACACCAAAGUGUGGGAGGCGAGAGAAAAAGAGCCACAAAACCUGGCUGUUAUAGCUAAUCUCAUGGACAGAACAUAUGAAAGGAAGUUUCCAGUCAGCUCUCUAACCAUUUCACGGUUUGUUGACAACAUAUCAUCCAGAGAGGAAGUAGAUCAAACAGAGUACUACCUGUACAAGUUUCGUCACAGUUCAAACUGUUGGUACUUGCGUGACUGGACCAUUCACUCUUGGAUCAGACAGUGUCUGAAAUUUGGAGCCAGAGAAAAGGCCCUUUACACGGUUAAAAACAAGGUCCAGUUUGGAAUAUUUCCAGACAACUUCACCUUCAACCUGCUGAUAGAUUCCUACAUUAAGGAUGGAGACAUUAAAAGUGCAUUCUCAGUGGUUGAAGAGGUGAUGCUUCAGGAGGCCUUUGACCUUCCCUCCACUCAUGUCCUGUCUCUGUACACUCUGGGUCAUUUCCUCGCAGCCAAACCACAACUUACUGUGUCAGAAGAGCGGGCAUUGGGGGCGUCGCUGCUCCUCUGUGGACUGCAGCAGGACGACACUAUUGGUCUCAGUGCUCAAAUGCUUGGGAACGCUCUCCUAGGAAAGAUGGAGAUGUUAAAGGGCAUUCAUGCAGUUUUUAAAGGCAUGCCUCUCUCCUGGGCUCGAGGGUAUCUGGGUCAGGCGCUGGCUGUGAUGGAGAGGGUUGUGGCUGCAGGUUCUGGGGAUAUCAAACUGACUAAAGACACACUCGAUUACGUGAAUGACUUGCUGCAGGAGCUAUCCUCAACCUCGGAGACGGAUGAGUCUGGAGAGGAGUCUGGAGAGGAGUCAGGCGAGGAGUCGGGCGAGGAAGAGAAGAAGAAAGUGGAAGAGGUGGAUGAAGAUGAUCUGGCUGAGAGGGCUAACCUUCCUCAGUAUGUCAUCAGAUUUAAGGAGUUGAGCAGUCAGCUGGAGAUUCAGGGUAAAGUGGAGCCCGCCUCUCUCCAGACUCUAGUGACCACACUGGCCCAGCAGAGCCUGGCUGCAGCAGAGAAGCAGGACCUGGAGCAGUAUGAGAGCCAGAUGCAGGACUGGGAUGCCGAGAAGAGGCAGCUGAGCCAGAGGGAGAAGGAAAUGAGGGAGAAAGCUGAACAGGAAAGACAGGAGCGGUUAGCUGCCAGGGCUGCAGCUAAGUCAGCUUAGAGACUGAUAAAUGAGACGUACUGCUCUUUUAAUGGAUUAACAUUACACCUGCACAUGUUACCGGUGACUC